AUGGCGCCGAUCCUCUUGACCAACCCUACAGUGACGCUCACUCCGGAGCCUCUUACACGGGAGAAUUUCGCACAAUUUGGCACAGCAGUGGUAUCGCCAUUACCGAGAGAACUAAACACAAUUACUCGACCAUCAUCCCUGCCGCCACACGACCCAACCCCGGACCUGGCGAACCAAAACUCCGCUCUCAAGUACAGUCCCAUCGCCCCGCUUCUCGACCGCUACACGAAUGCCUGUCCAAGCGGGCAGGCCUCCGAGGCACGCAUGACCAUGUUCUGCUGUUUCCCGCGCACCUUGCGCGCUCUCAGCACCGGUGCCCAAUUGCCUGACAGUGAGGUGUUUGAUGUGGGCAUCCUUGAGCGCCACCCGUUUACGAAUCAGACUUUCAUUCCAGUGGAUCUAUCAGCCCAUUCGAAGGUCGGGGAUGGUGAAGAAGAGCCACUGUUCUUGGUGGUGGUUGCGCCCACUUUGAAAGGGAAGACUGCUGACGCUAAGAAUGAGACCGGCGAGACGAUUAAGAUUCGUGACCCACCGGAUCUGAGUAAUAUUAAAGCGUUUGUGGCGCGUGGCGGCCAGGCUGUUACUUAUGGGGUUGGGACGUGGCAUGCGCCUAUGGUAGUUUUGGGCCGUAGGAGGGUUGAUUUUGUUGUUGUGCAGUUUGUUAAUGGGGUUGGAGAUGAGGAUUGUCAGGAAGCUGCGUUUGGGGAGGGUAUAGUUGUUGAUCUUGGUCGGAAGGGUCAGCUUAGGCGAGUUGAGAAGGGUGCAAAACUAUGGUCGGCUAAGCUGUGA